CGAGAAAUUUAUAUAUAAAAUAAACACGUAUUUGACUUUUCUGUUUAAAUUCGAAAAAGAAUUCCUACUAUAAAUGGUUGGUCUUCGGCUGCUCAUUUUCCCAACAAUUCAAGGCAACAACUUCAAAGUUGUAAACAUAGGGCUAAUCGGCUAGAUAACAAGCAGCAGCCGCAGCUGGGACAUUAAUACACCAAUAAGCAUAAAUAGUUUUACAGCAAGUAGAGAUCGAUCGAUCGAGAUGGGGCGAGCUCCAUGCUGUGACAAAGCGAACGUGAAGAAAGGUCCAUGGUCACCUGAAGAAGAUGCCAAGCUCAAGGCUUAUAUCGACACGUAUGGAACCGGCAACAACUGGAUUGCUCUUCCCCAGAAAAUAGGAUUGAAGAGAUGUGGGAAGAGCUGUAGAUUAAGAUGGUUAAAUUACUUGAGGCCCAACAUCAAGCAUGGAGGAUUCUCUGAAGAAGAAGACAACAUCAUAUGCAGCCUCUAUAUUAGUAUUGGCAGCAGGUGGUCUAUUAUUGCUGCUCAAUUGCCCGGAAGAACUGAUAAUGAUAUUAAAAACUACUGGAACACUAGACUCAAGAAAAAGUUGCUGGGAAGGCGCAAAAAUUCCCAUAUCAAUCCUCUUUCUGCAUCUACGAGUCAGGAUCCGAAAGAUGCAGAUGGUGUAGAAGAUAAUUCCUUAAGCAACUCUGCCAUGGAAAGGCUUCAACUCCACAUGCAGCUUCAGAACCUUCAAAACCCUACUUCCCUGUUUAGCAGUCCUGCAGUGUGGCCCAAGCUGAACCCUCUUCAGGAGAAGAUGAUCCAAACUCUCCACUCAUUCAAUGAAAACUCAAACCCUUUGGUUCAACCUAUGAUUCCUCAGCCUGGCCAAAUUCAAAAUGCUCAACUCUGUGCACCAAAAAUGGAUGAUGAUUUGGGGAAUAAUUCCAUCCCUAAUGCAAGCUUCACUAAUAUUCCACACUCAUAUGUUAACGUUGCCCCCAAAUUAGAUGCACAGCAGUCUAACAUGGGCACGGAUUCGACGUUCCAAAGUGAUCUUGAUGUGUUUCUCAAUAACAGUCACAACAAUGCAGGGGGAAUGGGGGAGUUUGAUUGUUUCAAGGCAAUGGAAGGUUCUAAAGAUAGCAUGAUUUGGUGGCCUAAUGAUCAGUUUGACACGAAUUCCGCAUCUUCCAGUUCUUGGGACUCUACUCCGGCUCUUCAUCAUCAGUCGGAACAUCAAGUGUACAAAGACUUUGCUUCGGGAUACAAUAUGCAGCAGUGAAUUACACAUGACCAUCAAGACGAAGCACUGAAGCAGUAAGGAUCUCCCGAUAAAACUUUGUUUCAUGGCCAUAAGGGAGAAGGAAGUUCAAAUUUAAUGUAGACUUGUUAAUAACUCGGGCUUGGUAUAUUAUUUAUUUGAAUAAUGCAUGUUGUUUCAAACUUAUAAUUCUGUAUUUCUACAA